AUGAUCUCAAACUUGAGUCAUCASAGGCUCAUGGAACAUGGCAAUGAGCUUACUAACAGACCACUAGCUCUGGUCAUCUUUGAAACUGGUMUUCUUGUCAUCAUAGCACUUGCAGCUYUUGUUGGCAACACAUGUGUGUUGUAUGUGUUCUACAAGACACCACGUCUUCGCUCCGUUACUAGUUAUUACAUUCUAACUCUAGCUGUAUCUGAUGUCAUCAUGUCUGUCCUGGUUAUGCCCGUCACACUAACUGCUGCAGCUUUUGGACGUGAUGUUCUUGGUGCAUUUGUUGGUAAAAGUACAUUUUUUCUAUUUGCAGAACUAGUGUUGGCCUCUUUGUACACUACAUCUUUACUUGGGAUAAACAGGUAUUUCUGCGUGGUAAAGCCGGCCAAGUAUCGUGCYUACUUUAAACCAAAGUUUGCAGCAUUGUCGAUAGUUUUGUGUUGGAUUUUCGCUUCGUGUUUUAAUAUCUYYAUUCAUUUYACUGGAGUUGCUGAGUUUGUCUUCUUCCCAGGACGAUGCAUGUAUUUUCCCUUGAUUCUUAACGAAARAGCAUAUCAAUUAUUCACAGGACUYUAUCAAGCUAUCUUUGCUGUUACACCGAUCAUGUUGGCAUUGAUCUGCAAUUGGAAGAUCUACAAAUUCAUUAAGUUWCACAGGAAUUCAGUGGCUUCAACGAUCAACAACCGGCAGCGGACAGGAUCAUCACUAUCUUAUGAAGAACUUCGUGUGACAAAGCCUUUGAUGGCURUUGUGAUGGGCUUUGUYGUGUGCUGGRUUCCUAAUUCGACCAUUUUGAAUAUCAAUGCCUACACAAAAUUACCAAGAAUGAUUGAGUUAUCAAUUGUAUAUUUUGCAUUUCUUAGYAGUGCCAUCAACCCGAUCCUGUACAAUAUUUUCAACAGACCUUUCCGCARACGGGCCUUGCAGUUACUUCAUCCAAGAUGCUUUGCAACCGCAAUGGWAAACAGAAGCGGCACUUCUCAUGACCAGGAAUCGACCAACCGACCUAUCAACCGACCACCAACCAACCAGCCAAUUAUUGGUUGGUUGAACCAACUCGACCAAUGA